UGAUAGAUUAUACACGGCUACCCUCUUGAUGAAAGAAAUGGAUCUAACUUCUUCCAUGAAAUCCCUGUUGCUGGCUAUCACACAGUAUAAAAAUGCCAAAUCUGAAAACAAUGCUUUACAAAUCCAAAGGCAAUUGGAUGUAAUUUGUGGAAUGAAAGCAGUACAUGUAUUUGCAACAAAUCAAAGUUUGCCAAGUGAAUGUCUGAAUAGUCUUGUGGAGCUUGUUGGUGAUCCUAACAUAAAAGCGACACUGACUCUGAAAAUUAUAGGAUUACUCACCCAACUAGCGUCAGGCAAUGAGACCAGAGAAACAUUGCACACAUACAAUCUUAUCAGUGCACUUGCAGCAGUGGUUCAUCAUAACAGUACAACUCCCAAAGAACAAGUGGUAUUGCAGAGCCUGCAGCUUCUACAGAAAGCAACUUACAACACCAGAGUUUUUCAUUGUAGUACAAAUGUUGAUGAACUGAUUGCAUUUCUGGUGAAACAUAUUCAAGCGCCAGAAGAUGACCUCACUUUACCAUGUCUAGGAUUGAUGGCAAACCUUUGUCGCCACAACCUCUCUGUCCAAGCCUAUAUAAAAUCAUUGAAUUACAUAAAGGGGUUUUAUCGAUCCCUUAUUAAAUUCUUAGCUCACAGCAGCUUAACAGUGGUGGUUUUUGCACUUUCUAUACUAUCAAGUCUAACUCUUAAUGAAGAGGUGGGAGAGAAGCUGUUUCAUGCCAAGAAUAUCCACCAGACCUUCCAGCUUAUAUUUAAUAUUCUGGUCAAUGGAGAUGGAACACUGACCAGGAAAUAUGCUGUAGAUCUUCUGGUGGAUCUCCUCAAGAAUCCCAAGAUUGCAGAUUUCCUUCAAAGGUAUGAACAUUUCAAAUCAUGCUUGUGUCAAGUGUUAGGUCUUCUUCGUGGUAAGGAUUCAGAUUCAGCAGCCAAGAUCCUUGAAUUACUAGUUGCAUUUUGCUCAGUGAGCAGUCUCAGGAGAAUAUUAUGUCAUGCAGUAUUUGGAACUUCUGAAGAACGAAUCACAGCAACUAAACUCAAAUCACAACUUAAACGUUCAGAGCCAAUCAUUACUCUUAUUCACUGGUCAAGUCAACCACUAGAGAACCCUGAGAGGUCUUCAGUACUUGCUCUCGUUCUUCUAAAAGAGUUAUUUGAGGAAAUAAUUGACUGUACCCUUUGGACCACAGUUGAGCCAUUUAUGGAGUUGCUUUUUCCUGUUAUCUUGGAGCAGUUGCAGAUUCCAGACCAGACUUUAGAGGACACUCUGUUAAAAAAGAAAUAUGACCGAAUUGCAAAGGCACUUGAUGUCCUUUUGGUGCUUUGUGGAGAUGAUACAGUGAAAUUGCAGAUUGCUAAGGUUCUCACUGCCAGAAAUUGUAUUUCAAUUCUGGAGUAUCAGUUCACAUACAAUAGGAUGGAAGUUGGCUACCGGAGCAAUAUAGCAGAUGUGGAGUUAUGCAAAAUAGGUACAGAUGUUGUCUUAAAGACUCUUACCCUUAUGAGUAGAGUCAAAGAGUUGGUGCCAAACAUGGAAGCAAGCUUUUAUAAGAUUUUGCAGGACCAGCGGCUUACUUCAGCUUUGUCAUUUGCAUUGACGUGUGAGCACAGGGAGUAUGUACAGUUUGCGUUAAAGAUUCUGUUUGAGGCAGCACCUUUGCCUGAUUUUCCUGCUAUAAUGCUUGGAGAAAGCAUUGCUGCCAAUAAUGCUUGUAAGCAACAGAAUGCUGAUCACGUAAUUAAAAGAAUUCCUGUCCAGCAGCAUUCAACAAACUUUGUAACAUCAAAAUGUUCAAGUACAGCCGAUGCUACCAGAUCAAAUAUUCAUGAACUGAUUGAUAAAUUGCAGUUGGGAACAGAGCUGAAGGACCAAGUGAAGGACGUUAGGCUUUCAGAUGUAAUGGAUGUCUAUGAACAGAAGCUUUCCUCCCUUGCAUCCAAAGAAAAUCGUUUACAGGACUUAUUAGAAGCUAAAGCACUGGCCCUAGCACAGGCUGAUCGUUUGAUUGCCCAGUAUCGUUGUCAAAGAGCUCAUGCAGAAGCAGAGGCACGACAAUUGGCUUCACUUCUGAUGGAUGCAGAGAGAAAAAAUGAAGAACUUGAUGGAGUACUGAAGACUCAGCUGCUGGAAUCUGACCGUGCCAAGGCUGAUAUUGAAGAGCUUUAUCAACACAAUUGUAAACUACAGGCUGUUGCUGAAGAGCAUGAAUCCUUAAAAAUUACUUCAAAAAGUCUUUCUCAAAAUCUCGAUAAUGUUGAAAGGCAAUUUAAAGAACUUCAGAUUGAACACAACUCAUUGAGCAAACAAUGUGAAUUAUUCAGAAAGCAAAUUGACUCCCUUAAGCAACAGAAUGAUAGGUGCCUUGCUCAGUUGGCAGAAUUGGAAGGACAGAAAAAUGAUUUGUGCAUUCAGUUACAAGACAAGGACAAUAAAUUAUUGGGUUUGAACAAAGGCUCCAGUCAACAACAUGAAAAAACAAAAACAAUGGAAAAGGUGAAGGAAGAGUUAGAAGAAGCUGUUGGUAUUCUCCAAAAGGAUCUUAGCAAGACUGAGUUAGCAAGGAAAGAACUCAGCAUUAAAUUGUCAUCCUUUGAAGUACAGAAAUCCCAGCUAGAGGCACGAUUACAGCAAAAAGAAGCUCUUGUUCAAGCUCAACAGGAGGAACUCAGCAAACAUUCUCAGAUGAUAGCAAUGAUUCAUAGUCUGAGUAGCAGUAAAUUACAAUCAAACACUGUUAAUCUCAGUCUGUAGCCUUUUGUAAUUUAAUAUGGAGAGAAAUGGGAAAUGGCUCAGUUGGUAGUUUCAAGUCCCUGCAGCUGGAAGAUUAGAUGUUCAUCACAUGGGAUUAAAGCUACAAAUUAUUUUAACUGGAAUUCACAACCAUUAAAUAUAAACAGCAUUUAAAGUAUAUUGCUCUGGGUGCAAGCAUUUGAUGUUGCUUGAAAUUACACUGCUUUGGGUACCAUUACAUGCAAGAAUAUUGGCUUUGCAGUUCAUAGAUUUGGUGUGCUGAUUCAAAACCAUAUUUUUGUUUGACUGUAUUACCAGUCUCAGUAUGUAGUACAAUACUGUGAAUAACCAAAACUUUUAGCAGUGUGUAUAUUGAGGGGGUGUGACUUAGAAUUUAGGCAAUAGUUAUUUCAAACUUAAUUCUGGACCUAGUGAUAAAGCAGUAGAAUUCUACCAUUAUAUUAAUACUAGAUAUAAUUCUGUCUUUCAUUAUAGUCCUGAAUUCCAAUAUUCAAAAUCAGUUACAAUUAUUCUGUAACCAAUUCUAUAUUUUAUUGCAGAACUUGGGUUGAGUAAAAUUAUCUUAAUCAUGCUGUUCAUCAGCUUAUACACAAUGGAAGUAUUUGAAAAGCUGUUUUACAAACUUUUUAUAAAGAUGUCUGACCAACUUGAAAAAGCAUUGCUCAAAAAAUAAAAAAAAGAAACCAGCCUACUGAUUUUAAAUUUAAGCUAACCAUUCUACUAAAUACAUGGAACCUGUCACUUGUUCAAUUCUUGUUCACAUUUGUAGAGUUUUGAUACUCUUCUGAAACAGUGGUGCUUACUUUAUGCAUACUCUCAUUUUCAAUUAGCAUGCACACCAACAUUAAUUGUACAUCUUUCUUCCCUUCUCCCUAUUGACAAAAUAAACUUUAAAAUAUUAAUAUGUUUAAGCUGAGUGCAAAUAUGAUUUAUACAAUAUAUAAAUACAGAAACAUUUUGUUUUUGCACAAACUAUCAAUAUUUCAAACUUGUGAUAAAAUUACUACUGAUCCAGAAUAAAUUGCAAAUGAAUUGUUCAAGUUUCUGCUCUUGAUGGUUCUCUUAAAGCAUUGACCAGAGACCCCAUGAUCCAAUCAUAACUGGGAGAUGUGCUUGGAUGAGUGAUGGAUUAUAUCAUCAGUUGGGAAAUCGAAGGCAGGUGCAUCAGUGGGUAUCAAUUAAUUUUUGUUUCACUUUUGGUGGAAGUAAGUGCAAUGAAGUUUUCCCUGAAGCAAUUUCAACUCUAGUAUUUAAAGGGCUAAUUUAAACAACUUCAAAAAGCUUAUGUGAAAGAAAAAGGGAGGGGAGGAUGUAUUUGACAAAUUUCAAGACCAUGCCUUAAUUCUUUGAUACUCCCUAAUGUGUUGCUGGGUGCAGUGAGGAGCUGCAUAAGUAUUUCUGUGGGAUGGAGGAAGCCUGUAGCAGGAACAAAGACUACCUACCCAGGUAUGGCCCAAGAGAUGCCAAGCAGAAGCGUAGUGCCAUACUCCUGGAUGUGGUGCAGGAAGCAAUUUUACUAAUUUAGCCAAGUCACAAAAAUUUGAGUCAUGAUGCACAUCUAUCUAAAUUCUGUGUGUAUUAUAAGAUCAAUACAGCUCAGGAGGCCAUUAAGCUUGCGGAGUCUGUGCCAGCUUCCUGUAGAUUAAUCUAUUCUCCCCAUAUCCUUAAGUAUAUCCUUAUCAAACUCCCUCUCAAUUGUCUUUGUUCCAAGGAUACCAACACCAACAUCUCUAGCUGAACCUUGUAUCUGAAACUUGUCAUCCCUCUUCUUGUAUGCAUCCUCUCUGAAGCUUCAUAUCCUUCCUAAAGUGUGGUGGCUAGAAUUUGAUAAAAUAUUCCAGUUGUGGCCUAAGGGCAGGCAGUGUAGCUGUUAGCGUAAUGCUAUUACAGCACCAGUGACCCGGGUUCAAUACCUGCCACUAUCUGUAAGGAGUUUGUACGUUCUCCCCGUGUCUGCGUGGGUUUUCUCCC